AUGAAGCCGGCGCUCGCCCUGUGCCUCCUCUGGCAGGCGUUCUGGCCCCCGCCGGGCCGUGGCGAGCACCCCACCGCCGACCGCGCGGGCUGCUUGGCCUCGGGGGCCUGCUACAGCCUGCACCACGCUACCAUCAAGCGGAUGGCGGCCGAGGAGGCCUGCAACCUGCGCGGCGGGGCGCUCAGCACGGUGCGCGGGGGCGCCGAGCUCAGCGCAGUGCUCGCGCUCCUGCGGGCAGGCCCGGGGCCCGGAGGGGGCUCCAAAGACCUUCUCUUCUGGGUGGCGCUGGAGCGCGGGCGGUCGCACUGCACCCUGGAGAGCGAGCCUUUGCGGGGUUUCUCCUGGUCGUCCCCCGACGUCGGCGGCUCCGACAGCGACACGCUGCAGUGGGUGGAGGAGCCCCAACGCUCCUGCACCGCUCGGAGUUGCGCGGGACUCCAGGCCACCGGGGGGGUCGAGCCCGCAGGCUGGAAGGAGAUGCGAUGCCACAUGCGCGCCAACGGCUACCUGUGCAAGUACCAGUUUGAGGGCUUGUGCCCCGCGCCGCGCCCCGGGGCCGCCUCUAACUUGAGCUACCGCGCGCCCUUCCAGCUGUACAGCGCCGCGCUGGACUUCAGUCCCCCCGGGACCAAGGUGAGUGCGCUCUGCCCCGGGCAGCUCUCCGUCACGGCCACCUGCAUCGCGGACGAGGUCGGCGCGCGCUGGGACGGGAUACCCUCCGGGGCGGUGCUCUGUCCCUGUCCCGGGAGGUACCUCCGUGCCGGCAAAUGCGCGGAGCUCCCUAACUGCCUAGACGACUUAGGAGGCUUUGCCUGUGAGUGUGCUGCGGGCUUCGUGCUGGGGAAAGACGGACGCUCUUGCGUAACCAGUGGGGAAGGACAGCCGGCCCCUGGGGGGACCAAGGUGCCCACCAGGUACCCGCCGGCUACUGCAGCCAGCCCUCUGCCGAAGAGAACAUGGUCACCCACGGUCCAUGAGAAGCCAGGAGAGAUACCCCAAGUCCCUGGACAAGACAGUUCAGCAACAUCUACUCCCGAGAUUCCUCGGUGGGGAGCACAGAGCACGAUAUCUAUCCUUCAAAUGUCCCCUCAAGUCAAGUCAAAGGCCCCCAUCACCUCUUCAGGAACCUUGAUGCCCAAGUUUAAUUCCACCUCUUCCUCUGGCAUUCCCCCGACUUUUGACUCCUCCACCAUGGUCUUCAUCCUUGUGAGCAUAGCGGUGGUGGUGUUGGUGAUCUUGACCAUGACAGUGCUGGGGCUUUUCAAACUCUGCUUCCACAAGAGCCCUUCCUCCCGGCCAAGAAAGGGGCCUUUGGCCCCACCGGGCGUGGAGAGUGACGCUGAGGCCGCUGCUCUGCGCUGCAGUUCUGCACACUGCACAGACAAUGGGGUGAAGGUGGGGGACUGCGCUCUGCAGCACAGAGCAGAGGGCGCGUCGCUGACAGGGUCCUCUCUUGGCUCCAAUGAUACAUAGGGAAACGGGAGACAGUGAGCACUUCUUGUGAGCAGAGUUUUUCACUUGCAAUGAAAAAGGAAAAGGAAAAGAGGAACUUAUUCGUGGGACUGACGUUUCCUACAGAAAUUCCCCUUCCCCUAAAUUCCGUCUACUCCACUGAGGAGCGAAAUCUGAACUGGACAGUCCUUCCCUGAAGACGGAAGAGGUGGAAGUGCCUUAGGGUGGUGCUGAGGGCCGGGAUCCUACUGGGGAGAGGUAGUGUCUUGUGUUUGUUCUGGGGGAUUUGGAGAAGUGGUUGAACUUUUUAAGAUAUUGCAAGAAAAUAGAAAGCAGAAAACAAUUUUUUUUUAAUUUUCCUUUUUACCAUAAGGGAAAGGAAAUCUUCUGUAUACAUUGUUCAGACUGGGAAUAUAUUGGUUUGAAAUUUCCAGGCAAAAAAAUAAAGGUUGUUGAUA